AUCAUAUGGCCAACCUUUCAAAGUUACCUUCAUUCGAAUUCACGUGUAAAAUGGACGACCUUGACCAUGGCGAGAAGAAGCCGUACUCGCUCUUGGCGGACAAAGAGACGGUGGGUGAAGGCAGAGAGCCACACCCGUACACGACGGCAGGGUGGCUGUCUCUGGUUUCCUACGGCUGGAUCACGUCCUUGUUGGUACUUGGCGCCAAGCAACCCUUGAUGGCGCACGACGUCGCGGAUCUCUCGCAUGAAGAAACGUGUGCUGGGAUCCACAGCCGCUUCCUCGAGCACUGGAUGUCCGCGCAGCCCACGACGCGAGUGCCUCGCUUCAACCUCGCCCUCGUGCGCUGCUUUCGGCGCGACCUACUCGUCGGCCUGGGCUCGCUCAUGUUCCUCACAUGCACCCAAGUUUUGCAACCACUGGUCAUCCAAAGCAUUUUGCAGUAUCUUCAAGACCAGCCAAUCUCUCUAGGUGUGACGAAUGGCUACGCCCUUAUGGCGCUCUUGGCCAUGGCCACAUUCCUACAAGGCAUUGCGCUCAACUUUGGCUUCUUCGUGCAAUCGAAGAUGGGCGUCAACAUGCGCUCCAUCACGAUGGACAUGGUGUACCAAAAGGCACUCAAGCUGAGCUCAUCCGCCCGUCAGUUGACCACGUCGGGCGAAAUCGUAACCCUCAUGAGCUCCGACUCGGAACGGCUCAGCGAAGCCGCGAACGACGGUCUGUGGAUCCUCAUGUCACCGUUCACGUUUGUCUGCUCCAUGGUGCUGGUGGGCAACUACUUUGGCGCGGCGCCGGCUCUCGCGGGCAGCGGCACCACCGUCCUCGUCCUGCUCGUGUCGUCCCAGUUUGCAUCGUCCAUUGGACGCACUCGGUUGCAAGUCACAUCUGUAACCGAGGAGCGGGUCAAGGUCACGUCCGAGGUCCUCCAAGGCAUUCGUGUCAUGAAGUUCUACGCGUGGGAGCCCGCCAUCACCCUGCGCCUAGAAACCCUCCGGCAGCAAGAGACGACGCUGCUCCGUCGCCUCAACUUGUUUCGUGUGCUCAACGUCGAGUUUUUGUUCUUGUCGCCCAUCUUUGUCGGGGCCGCCAUCUUGUCGACGUACAUUGCGCUGGGAAACGACAUCAACUCGACGCGCGUCUUCACGCUGAUUGCGUUUGUCAACAUGAGUCGGCAAGCCUUGUACAACUUUCCACGGGCGAUCGCGGGGAUUUCCGAAGGUCUGGGCGCGGGCCGGCGCUUGGACGAGUAUUUGAACCUUGAAGAACAACACACCACUAGACCCGUGCUGUCGGCUGCUUCGGAAGGGGCCGUUUGUAUUCAAAAUGCGACGCUGUCGUGGAAGGCGGACAGCCCCCCUUGUUUGGCGAGCAUCAACAUUACCAUCGCCCCUGAGUCCCUCGUCAUGGUGGUGGGGUCGGUGGGGGCUGGCAAGUCGAGUUUGCUCAGUGCGCUGCUCGGGGAAAUGCACUUGGUCUGUGGUUCCGUUUCUGUGGAUGGCACGCUGGCCCUGGUGAGUCAAGAGCCGUGGAUUCGGAACGCCACUGUGCAAGACAACAUUCUCUUUGAAGGCGCGUACGAUGGCGACUGGUACAAGGCCGUGCUGGACGCCGUGCAGUUGCACGUCGAUAUGAAGCUACUGCCGGCGGGGGAUCGAACCGAGAUUGGCGAGCAAGGCAUCAACUUGAGUGGCGGCCAGAAAGCUCGCGUGAAUUUGGCGCGGGCGAUGUACAAGACCGCCCAGUCCAACGUCCUCUUGCUGGACGACCCUCUGAGCGCCGUGGACGUGCAUGUGGCCAAGGCGAUAUUUGACCAAGCGAUCUGCGGCCUGGCGCGGCACACCACCCGCAUCAUGGUCAUGAACAGCCACUACCAGUUCCUCCGACAGGCCGACCGCAUUUUGGUCAUGGAGGGCGGUCAGAUCGUCGGCGACGGCACGUUCGCCGAGCUUCUACCUGUGUUUCCUCAAUUUCUCAACCGACACGACGAAGAAGAUGACGUCGAAGAAGAGGCUCAAGUCCCGUGGGGGACGGCGCCGCCGACCCUCCCUGCUGCUGUUGCUACUGCUUCUCCGGCGGUCGAGGUGGACGGAGUAUCUCGUCGCAAGAGCGACGCCAGCAUCGCCGACGAUGAUGCCGUGUUGAUCAUGGACGAAGAUCGAACGAUGGGCACGGUGGCCAGGAAAACGUACUUGGAUUACUUUAGCCACGUCGGGAUCAACGGGUGGUUCGUGGCGUUCUCGCUCGUGUUUAUGUUUGGGUUUGGCCAAGCCGUGCGCAUUGGUGUGGACUGGUGGCAGGGCCACUGGGCAGCGUCGUUCGCCACAUCCCCCACGCCCUUGUACCAUGGCAUCUUCUAUAUCCUCGUGAUAGCGGCCACGGCCUUCUUCGUUGCGCGCUGCCUCGUCCUGGUGCUGUACACGUCGAGAUGUUCGGAAAACAUGCAUAACCAACUGCUGCAGUGUGUACUCCGCGCGCCAGUCAAUUUGUACUUUGACGUGACCCCCGUGGGUCGCAUCCUGAACCGGUUUGCGCGCGAUGUGGACAUCCUCGACAGUUUGCUGCCCAAUUUGUUUCUAGACGUCCUAGAAACGUCAUGCGUGCUGGUGGGGGCGCUCGUCGUGUGCGCCACGUCAUCUGUCUUCGUGGCGCUGAGUUAUGUGCCAGUGAUCGUCGUGUUUUACGUUGCCGGCCAGUUCUUCACAAAGAGUUCGCGCGAACUCAAGCGAUUGGAAGGCGUGUCGCGGUCGCCCAUCUUUAGUUCGUUUGCGGAAACCCUCGACGGCAUCCAAACGAUUCGGGCGUUCCGGAUGGAAACCCGCUUCACAUUGCAGAACCGCGAGGCGGUGGACUCGAACGCCAAGUACUUGUUUGCACUUGUGGGGGCGGGGCGGUGGCUGUCUCUGCGCAUGGACACGCUGUCCAUGGGCCUCAUUGCUGUCAUCUUGUGCGUGUUGGUGGCUGUCAAGGGAACGAUUUCGCCCACUGUGGCCGGUCUGACCAUCAUCUACUCGUUGGCGUUGCUGUCGACGGUGCAGUGGGUGAUUCGACUCGUGGACAUGAUCGAGAGCGCCAUGACAGCAGUGGAGCGGCUCUUGCACUUCAAGACGAUCCCGUCCGAAGCCAUCGACGUGACGCAUCACGAUCCAUCACGCACGUCGUGGCCAUUGCUCGGCGCCGUGGAGUUCCGAAAUCUCCACUUGAGGUAUCGCCCCGACCUGCCUCUGGUGCUAAGAGGCAUUUCGCUCAACAUUCACGGCGGGGAAAAGGUUGGGAUCGUAGGGCGGACGGGCGCCGGGAAGAGUUCGCUCAUGAUUGCGCUCUUCCGUAUCUCCGAGUUUGACACUGGCAGCAUCUACAUUGACGGCGUGGACAUUGCAUCGAUUGGGCUGGCGACCCUCCGCCGCGCGCUGUCAAUCAUCCCGCAGGACCCGGUGCUGUUCAGCGGCACCCUCCGCGAUAAUUUGGAUCCAUUUGGGGAAAUGUCCGACGCCGACUUGAUGGCCGUGGCCGCGCAGGCGCACUUGGACCUGUCCUUGUCCACGAUCGUCGCGGAGAGCGGGUCGAAUCUGUCGGUGGGCCAGCGCCAGUUGAUCUGCAUCGGCCGCGCGCUGCUUCGCCGAAGUCGCAUCAUUGUCAUGGACGAAGCCACGGCCAACGUCGACUUGGCCACCGACACGUUGAUCCAGUCGACAAUCCAGCGGGCGUUCACGACGGAAACGGUGCUCACGAUCGCCCACCGCCUCGACACGAUCCUCCACUGCGACCGCGUGGUGGUGCUGGACAAAGGCCAAGUCGUCGAGUGCGACGCGCCGUCUGCGCUCAUGAACUCGCGUGGGUCAGUGUUUUAUGGACUGGCCAAGGAAGGAGGGGUGUUGUCGAGGACGCAACCACGCUGGUAGAGCCGUUUGUCUGUAGCCCAUUUUGCGCUGGAAUGUCAUGCACGUUAGUCGAUGUCUACUAAAGUGUUGGAGUGGGUAUAUUGGCUUGACGAGAACAUGACGUUGCCCUGUUGGUGUUGGUGUCGUCUACAGUAUGUACUAGUAAGUACUAGUAAAAAAGUAGUAUAUCGCUUUGAGUGCCGAGUUGGAUGGCGUCGAG